UCACUGUAAUGCAUCGCUGUGUUAGUUAUAUAACCCAACCUCAAAGUGCCUGGAAUUCUUGACAUUUUGCCUUCAAGUCGCUACAGUCGAGCAAUCCCUGCACUAGCUCUUUGAAAACAGUCCUUAGAAUAUCUACCAAAAAUGGCCGGUGGCGAUGAAUCUAAGCUGACGGGAUUGUCCCGCUACUUCAAUGGCGAAACCCUCCGGGGCCGGGCCAAUGUCGCCAAGGCCACGUACGCUGGCGUCGGACUGAUUAUCCUGUACUUCACCCUGAAACCAUCGAAGAAGUGAAAGAUGUAGCCGAGUUUGUUUAGGACUAGGUCUUACAGUACGAGACAUCUUGUCGCUUUAUUUUUACGGUCGAGAAUGUGAAGGAAAUAUAUUAUGCAACAGUGCUGAAAAUCUGAA